GUUUAAUUACGUUAUUAUCGCAUCAUAAUAAUAGGAGAUAUUAAAGUAUAUAUCCUAUCCUUUAAACCAAAAAAAAAGAAAAGAAUAAUUAUCCUGAAAGUAAUCCGGACACAGUCCAACGACUGGUCUGAAAUUAGAUUUUAAAAUAUUAAAUUUAGUUAAAUAGACAAAAAAAGACCGUUGACUUUCACACGUCUUUGCCCCUUCCCUAAUCCAUUUCUCUAUAUUUAUACUCUCUUCCUCUCCUCCUCUACUCAUAAUACCAAACAAAGUUUCGAGAAGAAAAAAAAAAAAAAGACAUAGAGAUUAAAAUGGUUGAUACAGAUUGCAAGAGGAAGAUGAUGUCAUCAGAUUUACCAACCAAGCUUCACGUCACUAUUCCUUCCCCGUUCAAAGUUCUUGCUGUCUCUUCUCCCAUCUCAUGCUCCUCUCCAGCAUCUUGCUCCGCUUACGAGCACUACCUCCGUCUCCCUGAGCUUAAUAAACUCUGGUCGUCAUCACGUGACUUCCCUCACUGGUCCAACGAGAAUAUCCUCAAACCGUCUCUCCAAGCUUUAGAGAUCACUUUCAGAUUAAUUUUAACCGUUUCUUCCGAUACAAGACCGUACAUCAACCAUCACGAAUGGAACCGAAGGUUAGAUUCUCUCGUCACGAAUCAGAUCCAACUCAUAGCAACAAUCAGUGAAACAGAUCAAUCAGCUCCAGUAUCUAAUAUUAGAAGCUCUCUCAGCUUGUUACCACAGCUAGCCACGUGGCGUAAAACGGAGUCGUUAGGGAAGAAGAUGUUAUGUACUAUAGAUAACGAGAUGCGUGGGUGUAACUACACGCUCGGACUAGGAGAACAGAACAUCUCCAACAAACCUAAUCUCCAAUACGACGCCGUUUGUAAACCGAACGAGCGGCAACGGACGGAUCUGAGACUGGAGAAAUCGAAACAUCAGUGCGCAGUGUAG